AUGUCUGCCGACGACGGGUCCAUAUUCACAUCGUGGAACCCCGGAGAGUUGAUCAAAAAAAACCACGGGUACGGAUUAAAGGUUACUCAUCGCCCGCUCUUCAUUGAAGCCUUAUAUCAAAGCCUGCCUGACAGUGCGAAAGCACGAAUCAAGGUCAAGAAGCACGUCUUCAAAGUAAACGUGUCAGAUGAUGGAGUGGUCGUCGAGUGUACCGAUGGUACCGUGGAAAGGGGCUCCAUUGUGAUAGGUUUAGACGGCGUUCACAGUAGAGUUCGCCAAUGCAUGCAGGCGAUGGAGGAGGGUAGGGCAGCUCCGAGCAUAUCGGAAACCCCUAAGAGUCCCUACGUCACCACAUACAGGAUGGUCUUUGGAAGUAUACCUAUUCCUCCGACAUUACCAAAUAAUGUCAAUCACGAAUGCGCGUCAGGACGUGUAUCAACUCAGCUUCUCACUGGUAACUCUCUAGCAUGGUUCGGCGUGUAUGAAGCGCUUGAUAAACCUACGUCAGAACGCAUCAAAUAUACCGAAAAGGAUAAGGAGGAGGCCAUACAGAGAUGGGGACAUCUGUACACCGCUCCCGGCAUGAGAGUGCGCGACGUUUUCGGCCUACAGGAUGGAAACUUUGGUAUGAUCAACCUGGAGGAGGGUCGUGUAGACAAAUGGUAUUGGAAUCGUAUCGUCCUCGCAAGUGAUGCUAUUCGGAAACUAGAGCCUCACGCCGGAUUAGGAUAUAAUAGCGGUUUGGCCGAUGUAGUUGUCCUCGUGAAUAAGCUCCGACGCUUACUCGAGACUACUCGGUCACCGGAUACGAAAGCCUUAGAAGCGGUAUUCGCCGACUACCAGGAGGAGCGGAAAAGGAUGAGCCAAUAG